AUGGAGCACGGGGAUUUGUUAGAAUUCGUGCUAAAGAAGGGUGCUAUUCUAGAGGACCAGGCGCGCAUAUGGACGAGGCAACUGGCGCUGGCCGUGCAGUACAUGCACGAGCUUGGCGUGGCGCACAGGGACAUCAAGUGCGAGAACGUCAUGCUCACCGUCAACCAGAACGCCAAGCUGACCGACUUCGGCUUCUCCCGUUUGUGCAUCGACAGAAAGCUAAGAGAUAUUCAAAGCGAGACCUUCUGCGGCUCACUUUCAUACACGGCUCCAGAAAUACUCCAAGGAACGCCUUAUUACCCGAAACCUGCCGACAUUUGGUCAUUAGGAGUUGUUCUUUACGUAAUGUUGAAUAGGGCGAUGCCGUUUGAAGACAAAAACAUGAAACAGUUAUAUCAGGCCCAGAUCAAUAACAAUUGGAAAUUUCGUGCGCGGUGCCUGAAUGUGCUGUCGGAUAACUGCAAGAGACUGGUCGCGCGAAUGUUAGAACCGAAUUACCAACAGAGGGUCAAAAUCGAAGAUGUCAUCAAUGGUGAAUGGAUUGCGAUGGAUUCAAGGCUGCUAGAAUGGACAGCGCAAGAAACUCUAGCAUACAAGAAAGCUCAAGAGGAAAAGAAUGACUUAUUGAAGAGGACCACGGCGCACACCAACAAGAGUCCUAAUCAAGUGGACAACUCGAUCAUGAAGGUCAACUAUGAUCUUAAGGACCCGACCACGCAAUAA